UGCUAAAACUAGUAGCCAAAUAUCCAUUUUCAUUAAACCAAACCAAAAGAGUCUGAGAAAUGGCUUUGGCAUCUUCAGAGAGCCUUGAAUGGUCUCUACCAGUUGCAAGUGUUCAAGAGCUUGCAAUCCAAAAGCUUGAUAUGGUGCCACUUAGAUAUGUAAGGGAUGACUUGGACCAGACUACUCCUUCCAAUCCUUCUCUUCGUGUACCUUUGAUUGAUAUGAACAAGUUGGUCAACCCAGAAUUCCGUGAAAAAGAGCUCCAAAAGCUUCACUUUGCAUGUCAAGAAUGGGGAGUUUUCCAGAUUAUAAACCAUGGAGUUUUUGAUGAAUCACUAAGCAAAAUGAGAGAGCAAGUUCAAGAGUUCUUUGACCUUCCUUUGCAAGAGAAGAAACGUUGGGCUCAGAAACCAGGAAGUCUCGAAGGUUAUGGUCAGGCAUUUGUGACUUCAGAGGAACAAAAGUUGGAGUGGAAUGACAUGAUCUUCCUCAAAACUCUUCCCCUUCAAGAUAGAAGUUUGAAUUUCUGGCCAAAAAAUCCUCAGGAGUUCAGAAAAACUCUGGAAUCUUAUUCUGAAGAUAUGAGGAAUGUGGCAGUUUCUAUCGUAAGGUUCAUAACCAUGGGGCUUGGACUUGAGGCUCAAAAUUUUUGUGACACUUUUAAAGAAGGAACGUACGAAAUAAGGAUGAAUUGCUAUCCUCCUUGUCCCGAACCUGAACGUGUUAUUGGCCUUAAUCCACAUGCUGACAUCUCCGGUAUAACCCUCUUACUUGAGUGCGGCGACACGCCAGGAUUGCAGGUUUUGAAAGACGAACACUGGGUUAAUGUUGAGCCUGUCAAUGGUGCAAUUGUUGUAAACCUUGGCCAUAUCAUGGAGAUUAUAAGCAAUGGGAAUUACAAAGCCCCAGAUCAUAGAGCAGUGGUGAACAAUUCAAAACAAAGAAUGUCAAUUGUUACUUUCUGCUAUCCCAAUCCAUCUGUGGAUAUUGGACCCGCAGAGAUGCUUAUCAAGUCAGGAAGCCCACCUGUAUACAAGACCCUAACAAAUGCUGAGUAUUUUCAUAGCUUUUUCAAUCGAAAGCUUGAAGUUUCAUUCAUUGACAGCCUGAAAAUCUAAUUGUCAAAAAUUAGGCAUUUAAUGGCCCCACAAUGGACUUAAUCAAGUUGUAACAUUUAAGUAAUGGGGUAGUAGUCAGGAAUAAACUUCUAUACUAAAUAAUUUUGAAUUUGAAUGUGUCAAAACGUGGACUCCCUCGAUAUUGACAGAAGACGGGUCAAAUUUGUAUAAUAGUGUUGUUAAUCGAAUCAUGAGAGAGAGUGUUGUUAAUCUAUCCUUGCACAUCAUG